AUGUCAGCCUAUGAAAUAGCUCCUCAAAUCGGAUUUUGGGGUCUAAUUAUUGUAUUUUCAAUUGGAGUCCCAGGAGCAUUGGCCAACGUAAUACUAUUCGUUGGUGUGAAAACAUUUCGUCAAUCUCCAUUGGCUUAUUAUGUUGUUGGUCAAUCAUUAGCCGAUGUGAAUGUCUUGUUAAUAGAGUUUUUACAAAUAAUACCAUCAGUAUCAGUAUCGACAUCCUCAAUCGCGUGUAAGUUGAUGGUCUUCUUUGUUCAAGCAACGGCAUGUGCUGCAAUGAAUUUUCUUUGUUUGUCUGCAUUUGAUCGUUGGGCAUGUACAUCUCAAUCGGCUCGAAUACGUCAAUUGAGUUCGCCUCAUGUAGCUCGUCGUCUUUUUCUUCUUCCUUUUAUUCUUUGGUCACUUGUGAAUAUUCCUUUUCUUAUCUAUUUUGAUCUUGUCCCACCUACAUUCAGAUGCUUGUAUACGAAUGAUCUCUUUAUGCGAAUAGGAAUUCUUGUUCUUUCUCCAAUUUUUACUGCUCUUCUUCCUCUAAUUGUUUUAAUAAUGUUUGGUUUGAUGACAUAUCGUAAUAUUCGUCUUGUGGUUCAUGUUCGUCAACAACCAAAUCAAAUUCGUCUAUCAAAUUGGGAACACCAGAUGACAAGAAUGAUGUUAACUCAAACUCUUGAUUUUGCAAUUCUUCUCCAAGCAGCAUUGAAUCGUGAUAUGUGGGCAUUGAAAGUACUCGAUGCUUGGGGAAAACCAUUACCAUCUGGUUUAUUAAAAGGGAAUACUUAUUGGGUUGGUAAUUAUGAUGAAUGUAUACAACCAAUGUAUUCGCCAAAUAAUAAAACAUUUCUAUCACAGCCAUUUGAUACACAAUAUUGUACUCUUACAACGAAAGUAUCUCCAAUAAACUCAAGCUCAAUGCUUUCUUUUGUUCUUGGCCUUUGUGUUCCAUCAUCAUGUGAUCGGCAAGAAGUUGUUUCUUUGAUUGAUACACUAUUUAAUAAAAGUAAUAUUACAAAAGAUAAUCUUGCUUGUUCAAAUGAUCCUCCUAAUGGACAAAAAGGUCUUACUCAUGGGGCAAUAGCAACUAUUGUUAUUCUUUCACUUUUGGGCUUAUUGGUCUUGAUGGGGACAAUCAUUGAUCUUGUUCUUAUGUCAAGAAUUAGUUCAGCUGAUAAUAUGACUACGCAUAGGAAUGGAUAUACUCAUUUUGUAAAUGCCGAAGCAUCUGAAAAUGAACCGGUAAAAUCACCACGAGAUUCAUUUCAAGCAUUGAUUCCUCCUACACCUCAUAUAGUGUUCUUAGCUGAAUUUUCCGCUUUAAAAAGUCUUCAUCGAAUAUUUACAAUGAAGCAGAAAAAUGAGGAUAAUUCAUUUCUAUUUAUCAAUGGAAUUCGAGUAUUAUCUUUAUUUUGUGUUAUUAUUGGUCAUUCCUUAUCGUUUGGUUUCUCAUAUUCAAGCAAUAUAAUGGAUGUACUUAGUUGGACUCGUAAUAUAGCAUUUCAGUUGGUUAUUAAUGGGGCUCUUAGUGUUGACACAUUCUUUGUUCUUAGCGGCUUCUUAACAGCUGUGUUAUUUGUUCGACAAGUAGAAAAAGAAGGAAAAUUAUCUUUUCGUCUAAUGUUUCUUUACUAUAUUCAUCGAUAUAUUCGAUUGACACCAACAUUUCUUCUAAUGGUUCUUGUAAGUAUUAAUUUAACACCAUAUCUUGGCCAUGGUCCUGUCUAUCCAACACAACAAGGAUUUGAACCGACUGGUUGUCGCACACAAUAUUGGUGGACAUCUAUCCUUUAUAUUGGCAAUUUAGUGAAGUCAGAUAGUAUGUGUUUAGGUGUUUCAUGGUAUCUUCAUAAUGAUAUGCAAUUUCAUUGGAUUGCACCUUUCGCUUUAAUUCCAUUUGUCAUUGGACGAAAAUCAUUAUCUUUUCUUCUUACUAUUCUUUUGGUUUUGAUUGGAAUUGGAUCAAUUUUAACUAUUGUACUAUACUAUUCUGAGAUGCCAUUGGGUAGUCUGGCUGCAUUCACUGCUACUGAUGGUCCUACUUUGUGGAAAACUGUCUAUAUUAAACCUUGGUGUCGUGUAUCUGCAUACGCUAUUGGUAUGUUAACUGGAUAUUUUGUUAUCAAUGCUGGUCGUCAAUAUCGAAUUAAUAAAUGUACUAAAUUCUUUGGAACUGUAUUUGUUGUUUUGAUUGGUUUAGCUUGUCUAUUCGUGACAUAUCCUGAUUGUAUUCUUGUAUCAGGUCUAAGUCGCCCAGUACUUGUUGCCUAUCAAUCACUAUCUCGAACACUUUGGUCAAUUGUUAUUGGAUGGAUUUUGUUUUUAUGUAGUAUAAAUCAAGGUGGAAUAGUCAAUAAAAUUCUUUCAUGGCCUAUUUGGUCUCCUUUUGCUAAACUUAAUUAUUCAUGUUAUCUCGUACAUGCUACUAUUAUUUUUAUAAUUUUAUUCAAUCAAACAAUGCCUUUAUAUUAUCAAGGACAUCUUGUUUAUCAUCAUAAUACACUGACAGAAGCUUUUCAUUAUCUCCUUGAAAAACGUUCUCAAAUAUGGGCCAAUGAAGGUUUCAUGUUACAAUUACUACGCUAUGAAAAUGAACUAAUUAAAUCACGUGAAAUUGUAUUAACUUCCGACAGAAGUGAAGAAUCCUCCUGUACUGCUGCGUUGUCAUCCAAUGAUACGAAAAAUCCUAUUGAAACAUUGGAGGAAUUCGAGAAGAGAGAACAAGUAUAA